GAAGCUGUAUAUCGAGCCAGUGGAGUUCAUUUAGUUUUGAAGUUUUGUUUGCUCUGCUAUAUGACGUGUGUACGUGUGUGUAUACGUAUGUGUGCGUGUGUUUAACUUACAGUCUUACAUAGUGCACUUAAUCAUAUGACGUGCUAUGUUGUAUUAACAGUAUAUAAAACCAAGUAUGACUCGUCAGUCUUGUUUACGAGUUGAUAACUGAAUGUUGAUUACAAGUAGCGUAUUGUAAGACAAGCAUUUUAUUUAAAACUUGACGUUUUACGCGUUCUAAUUUAAGAACUCGGUUCUAUUUUAUAAGGGUGAGGUUCUACGACGGCAAAGCCCAGCAGGGACCUUGGAUUUAGGCCAAAGUUGCGCAUUACUUUAAUACCCUAUUGUUAUUUCGUACUGCUGAAAUAAAGCAAUGAACGAAGCGCAGCCACCUCCGUUUGCACCAAACUACAAUCCCUCUGCACCUGAGGUUAUCCUACUACAGCAAAACUUUGGUCUCACCGACCAACACUUCAUCGAUCCAAACAUAGGUGUCCCUCCAAUUCACCAUGCAGAACCCCCACCGCAAUAUACACCUUCUAUACCAUUACCCGCGUACCAACCACAAGCACCAGCAAGGCUAGAUAACAUUCCCCCCGCCAUACCUGAACGCGCCCCUACAACAACAAACAGCCAGCCCGUGCUCGCCCCCCAGCGGUCAAAAUGUGGCUUUGUAGAUGUAGGAGUAGGUGAACUAAUAGACGUGGAUGGCAGCCGCGCAUACAGGCGUCAAUACGUUGAAGUAAUCGACGGAAACCUCCGUAUUUCUACCUCAAGGGAGACACGAAACCAAGCUAACGUUGUAGCCCUUGCGAGUCGUUUUGUUUGCAUGGAGACGAAAAGGAACGUAGCUAUUCAAGACGGUGCGAGCACUUUCGUGAUCCGAGCACCGAGUGACACCAGCGCUCUUAAAUGGCUGUUGAUUUUGUCACAAUACUGCUUUGUUGCUCCCAUUAUGGAAGGUUACGCAACCAAACAAACCGGGGGCAAGAACGUUUACGAAGAAAGAUAUUUAAGAUUAACAUCGGAUGGUGUUUUAGCUUGGUAUGGAUCAGAUAGUGAGACAUCAGACAGGCACGGUGCAAUACAGAUCCGUGGAGAAACCUGUGUGAUUGACAGCGCAAACUCCAAUUGCGUACGAAUCAAUGUGAAAACCAGAGAUUACCAAUUUCGCUUCGCCGACGCUCGGGAAGCAAACUUAUGGCAAGCCGCGUUUUUGUGGCAUUCGGCCCGCCGACCGCUCAAAAAAGCGUCGAUCCCUAUCCGCAACAAAGCCAGAUGAACUGGACCUCUAUACUGAUGCAAUAAGCAUUGCAAUCUACACUGUUCAGCUAAGAGGGAACUGUUUCCCAUGAUCUUUGACCCGAUCUGGUUAGAAGAGGCAAGAGUCCCCAAAGAUUUGCAUAUAUAAUUACGUCACUUAAACCCCAAACCCGCCCACGCACUUCGUCACUUCUCUGUUCUAUACCGCAGGCAUUUUCUCUUUACCAUCGGUAAACCCAUACUGCACCAAUUGCCGACAUUCGACUACCAAAAUUAAGUAUCUUUUGUACAAUUUUUCCCUUUGUACAUAUAUGCUAAAUGCUUAUGACGUCGAUUUGAUGAUAAUAUUAUUUAUAUCCGCAAUACGAACGCGUUCUUUCGGCCAAAUCACGCUUUCUGUACAGACAGUUAUUUAAUUUCGACAAUAUUGUCUUUUCUUUCAAUUUCAAACAUGAAAUAAAUA